AUGUUCCUCCACAGCUUGCCACGAACCGCCCGUGUGGCGCUCAAACGCAGCGUGGGAAUAGCCAGAACCUUAAACAGUGUACUGGCCCUUUCCCGGCCGUUUUCGACCACUUUUUCACCCCAAAACGAGCUAAAGACGAUUCCCAAAACAUACGAAGAAGAAAAGCUCGUAAUCGACGAAAUCAACAAGAAACUCCCUGAAAAAGAUCUCGCCAGCUCCGCCCGCCUCAGAAAUAUCGGGAUCUCGGCGCACAUCGACUCAGGCAAGACAACCUUCACGGAAAGAGUGCUUUUCUACACCGGCCGUAUUAAGGCCAUCCACGAAGUCAGAGGAAGGGACGCUGUGGGCGCCAAAAUGGACCACAUGGACUUGGAACGUGAGAAAGGUAUCACCAUUCAAUCUGCAGCCACUUACUGUUCCUGGGACAAGGACGACAAGGCGUACCACUUCAAUUUGAUCGAUACGCCUGGCCAUAUUGACUUUACCAUUGAGGUGGAGCGUGCCUUGCGUGUUUUGGACGGUGCUGUGCUUGUGGUUUGCGCUGUGAGUGGCGUCCAGUCACAGACGGUGACCGUGGAUAGACAAAUGAGACGGUACAAUGUUCCCAGAGUGACAUUUAUCAAUAAAAUGGACAGAAUGGGUGCUAAUCCGUGGAGAGCGAUUGAACAAAUCAAUGCUAAAUUGAAGACGCCUGCUGCGGCGAUCCAGGUGCCUAUUGGCGCUGAAGAGAACUUAAAAGGUGCUGUGAACAUUAUCGACAGAGUUGCACUCUACUACGAGGGUUCCCAAGGUGAACUUGUACGCACAGCCGAAGUUCCAGAAGACUUGCAAGAGCUCGUGGAAGAAAAGCGUGCUGUUUUGAUUGAAACGUUGGCCGACGUGGACGAGGAAAUCGCCGAUCUUUACUUGGAAGGCGAGGAACCGUCCGUAGACCAAAUUAAGCAAGCUAUAAGAAGAGCUACGAUUGCCAGAAAAUUCACCCCAGUGCUUAUGGGCUCUGCGUUGGCUAACAAGGGCGUGCAGAGCGUUUUGGACGCUGUGGUGGACUAUUUACCACAGCCAAACGAGGUCUUGAAUACUGGUUUGGAGCUUAUUGAGAAGGAAGAGAAACCCAUCAACUUGGUGCCUUCUUCGGCUGAAGAUUUCGUUGGUUUGGCGUUUAAACUUGAAGAGGGAAGGUACGGCCAGCUCACCUACAUCCGUGUGUACCAGGGAAAGCUCAAAAAAGGCGGUUUCAUCAACCACCUCAAGUCUGGAAAGAAGGUCAAGGUUUCACGUUUGGUCAGAAUGCACUCCAACGAUAUGGAGGACGUGGACGAGGUUGGCGCUGGCGAAAUCUGUGCUACUUUCGGUGUGGAUUGUGCUUCUGGCGAUACGUUUAUUAGUCAGAACUCAGAUCGUCAUAUCACCAUGAGUUCUAUGUUUGUGCCAGAAGCUGUUAUAUCUCUUUCGUUGACGCCUAAAGGGAAAGAAACCACGCAGUUCUCCAAGGCCAUCAACAGGUUCCAAAAGGAGGAUCCUACGUUUAGGGUCCAUUUUGAUUCAGACUCUAAAGAAACGAUUAUUUCUGGAAUGGGCGAGCUCCACCUUGAAAUCUACGUGGAAAGAAUGAGAAGAGAAUAUGGCGUUGACUGUAUCACUGGAAAGCCCCAGGUCACUUACAGAGAAACCAUUACAGCCCCCAUGAACUACGACUACACCCACAAAAAGCAGUCUGGAGGUGCUGGCCAGUACGGACGUAUUAUGGGCGAAAUGAAGCCUUUGGGCGAGAAGAACGAGUUGACUCACCACGUUGUGGGUGGAAAAAUCUCCGAAAAGUACCUUGCUGCUUGUGUUAAGGCCUUUGACGACUGUUUAGAGAAGGGUCCUUUGAUUGGACACAGAGUGAUGGGCGUGGGAAUGCACAUCAACGAUGGACAGAUCCAUAUUGUGGAUUCUUCUGAGUUGGCGUUCCGUUUGGCUACGUAUGGAGCGUUUAAGCAGACCUUCCUUCAGUGUAAACCAGUGAUUAUGGAGCCUAUCAUGUCUGUGGAGAUCACAGCGCCUCUUGAAGCACAAGGAGCAGUUGCUGGGCUUGUGAAUAAAUUGGGAGGACUUAUUAUCGAUACGGGAAAUACGUCAGAUGAAGUUACCAUGACUGCUGAGUGUUCUUUGCAUCUGAUGUUUGGUUUUUCGUCGUCGUUGAGAGCUAUGACUCAGGGUAAGGGAGAGUUUACGAUGGAGUUUUUGAAGUAUGCUCAGACGUCGGCUCAUUUGCAGAAGGAGUUGAUUGCGCAGGCGGAGAAGGAGAGGCAGAAGAAGAAGUAA